CGUGGCUUGACAUUAUCGUCGAUACGAAAUCGCGAAUUCUGAAAUAAUAAUGUUUACUUAAGAGAUCUCGUAAACACAACGUAGCUUCGCGCAUCAAGUCUACGUUCAAGUAAUCGUUUAGCUAAGUGAAAAAAGAUUCAUUAGCGUGCCCCUCUCCGAGGUCUCCGACGUAUUUGAUCGUAGAUCCUAGACGCGCGCGUCAUUUUCCAUCCGGUACACGCGACCACGUGCUAAGAGCGUGUAUGAGCCGCGACGAUAUCGCGACGGGAAGAAAAAGAAGCGAGAUUUAACGACAUCGCAAAUUUCGCGGGAGGAACGUAAACAGCGUACCUGCCUGUCAACAGAGAGUCCGAUGAUUGAUGAUUAAUGAACGGGUCGCUCAAUUGUGGCCAGGCGUCUGACGCAUGCAAAAAGACGAAACUAAUCAAACGGACGACGCGCUCAAGUAUCGCGAAUACGAAAUGGGAACGAAGAUAGUUUCUAGUCUACUCUCAGUGCUGAUGCUGAAUAUAUUGUGGACGGCGAUCGGUUACGCGGCGCCGUUAUUAAACGAGAGGGAUCUUCGAGAUGUUUCCACACCUGUAACAAAAUGCUUCCCCAAUGAACAAUGCUGGGAGUGGUUAUCGACACUGGGGACGCGCGGCGACACCGUUUUGGUAACCGACGGAGAAGACAGCGAUAUCUCGAAGUUACAGUCCCGACGGCAAAUCAUGAGCCCGGCAUCCGAGUUUGCGUUGAAGUCGUGGCCAGAUAUUACAUCGGUAACGAAGGGACAAGUAAUUCGAUCAUCCGCGUCGACCAAUAAGCAGAUACCAGUUAGGAUCACAAAGAAAGAAAUGUCCGGCUCCCGCAGCUGGGGCGCCGGCGGUAUGCCUUUCUCCGUUCUCUAUAUGAACCCGCAUCAUUCACGACCGAAUACAGCCACGGCAAAGUCAACUACUCAACGAACGGAACCUACUGCGACGGUCAGAAGCUCUAGUUCACCACCAAUUGAACGUCCUAAUCAACGAAAACGUCAACCUACUGUACAACCAAGAAGACAGUUUCUGACUAUACCGCAGCUCUUUAUAUCGUAUGGCUGGGAUGCUUAUGGAAAAUAAUAACGGAAAACCUUGAUAUAUCCUCGAUAUCAAAGGACUAUCGAGACGAGAACGAAAAGGGAGAUAAAGAAAUGUAUAUUGAUGUUCACAAUAUACCUGAAAAUGUGUAGGCAAGUCAUGCAUGAGGCGGUCGUAAACUUCUGUCGUAACUAUAAUUGAUUCAUUGGCAACGUUUAAGAUUUUAUUUUCAUUUGUCUUCCUCAUCACGAAGCUUCCCUCGUGCAUUGUACAUAAAAAUACGGCGCAAUAAAAUUCUGUUUGCUACACAAAUA